UCUCUUCCUCUACUUCUCCCUCCUCUCCCUCUCUCUAUUCCUCUCCAUCGCUGUUUUCUCCACAACCUCCUUAAUCAAACAGCCGCCGUCAUUAUCACCAUCAAACACAAACAUGUCCUAAAUACCCAACUUACACUUGAGACCAGUGUUAUUUGCUGUAAAAUGCACUGUUCGGUUAAUGUUACAGCUCUCCUCGUCCCUCCUCUUCACUCUCUUAAAAACUCUUCAGGUUUUUCCAACUGAGCGAUUCAGGCUGAGGCGGGCGCAACCGCACUAGAGGGGGAAGUCAAGUCGUGCUGGACUGGCGCGAUAUCCUCGCACGGUUCACAACUAAAAGAAGACCUGACCCGCGUUAAAUGAUGCUUUUACAUGAUGGAAUAUGUUGAUUUUAAAAGUUGACCAGGGAUUUCUAGUUGUGGGGUGUUUGCGAGGCAUGGCUUUCCUUUUAACUUGCUUAUUUCUGUCUUGUUACAGUGCGAGCAGUGUUUGGGGAAAUCAGCACGGUGAUACCAGUAUCUAUUUGGAUAACAUCACGCGCAUAUUGGAUAGAUUACUGGAUGGCUAUGACAACAGGCUGCGACCUGGAUUUGGAGGUCCAGUUACAGAGGUCAAAACUGACAUCUUUGUCACCAGCUUUGGACCUGUUUCAGAUGUUGAGAUGGAAUACACCAUGGACGUGUUCUUCCGUCAGACAUGGAUCGACGAGCGGCUGAAAUUCGAGGGCCCCAUUGAGAUCCUGCGGCUCAACAACCUGAUGGUCAGCAAGAUCUGGACGCCGGACACCUUUUUCCGGAAUGGCAAGAGGUCGAUCUCUCACAACAUGACCACCCCCAACAAGCUGUUCCGCAUCAUGCAGAACGGAACUAUCCUCUACACCAUGAGAUUAACUAUAAAUGCAGAGUGCCCCAUGCGUCUGAUGAACUUCCCGAUGGACGGCCACGCCUGCCCGCUCAAGUUUGGGAGUUAUGCUUACCCCAUCAGCGAGAUCGUGUACACUUGGAAGAAAGGUCCGCUGUCCUCGGUGGAGGUGCCACAGGAAUCAUCCAGUUUGCUGCAGUACGACCUCAUUGGUCAGACAGUUUCAAGUGAGAGGCUAAAGUCCAACACAGGUGAAUACGUCAUCAUGACCGUACACUUCCACCUGCAGAGGAAAAUGGGCUUCUUCCUGAUUCAGACUUACAUUCCCUGCAUAAUGACCGUCAUCCUGGCUCAGGUCUCUUUUUGGAUUAAUAAGGAAUCAGUUCCAGCUCGGACUGUCUUUGGUAUCACCACUGUCCUGACCAUGACAACGCUCAGUAUCAGCGCCCGCCACUCCCUACCAAAAGUUUCUUACGCCACAGCCAUGGAUUGGUUUAUCGCCGUUUGCUUCGCCUUCGUCUUCUCCGCCCUGAUUGAGUUUGCAGCCGUCAACUACUUCUCCACCCUGCAGGCCAACCGGGAGCUGAGGAAGGCGGCUGCCAUGAAGGCUGCGGCUCAGGAGGCCGCCGCUGCAGCUGCAGCUCCGCCCGCAGCCACGGGGAACGACGGAGAGGUUACCGCAGUGGAUCCCAGCAGUGUGCUGAAGAAGAGGAUGAACUCUGCCCCGCUGUUUGACCGCCCUGCCAAAACAUUCCCCAACCCACCUGUCAAUGCCCAAGCCUUCCUGCAGCAGGGUUCAGCCGUACCGGCCAACAACGUCCUGACUGGCACCAGCAUCAUCGACAAAUACUCACGCAUCCUCUUCCCCCUUUCGUUUGGCGCCUUCAACCUGGUCUAUUGGAUCGUCUAUCUCACUAAGGACACGAUGGAGAUGUCCAGGGACACCGUUUAAGCCAAGACUUUGUCUUCCUGGAAAUCACUACACACACACACACACACAUACACACGCACACACUGUCAUACACCUGCACGGGCACACACACACACACAUAUAUACACAAUAAAUAGAUGACAGACGCUUGCCAAGCACUCUUUUAUGCCGCCUCAGUGCAUUGUAUUUCUUUUUAAGUACUCCCCUGGAAAGUGAGUGUUUUGAGAGCCGAUGUACCAGCUCCUAUUGCCAACUUGACCCGGGAGCUCACAGCCUGUGGGCCCCCGGCUCUGGAACCAUUUCAAACAGGUACUACAUCUCUCUCUGUCUCUUUCACUUCUUUAUUUCUGUUCCCCAGUAUUUCAUAAACACUUACAUGUUAUGACACUUUUUCAGUGUCCGUCCUGUAUCUCCCCUGCCCGAAGAGACUGGGCAAGAUGCACACAGCUAAGCUAGCUAGGCUGCAGAACCAGAGGCAGAGAAACUACUUUGUUAUAUGUAUUUAUUUCUGUAUGCGUGCAACUUGCAUGCAGUUUCACACAUUGUAGUGGUUUGGCAUGUGUGUUUGAAAUUACACAUUCCCUAAUGUGAUAUUUUGAACAGAGGUUGAGUGCACCCGAUGUCCUGACUGGAUCCAGUGUGACUGACUGAACUCCCAGCUCUUCCUUCCACUCUUCAUUUUUUUUUCUCCCUCAAAACACCCGCUAUUUUUUGGUUCACUGGCUUAAUUUCCCCCUCGCUGAUGGAGUACAGAGGAUGUGAGGCAAAAUCUUCAAAGGGUUUUUCUGGUGUGUUCCACAGAUACACUGGCCUGCUCCAAUAUUCACUGUCACAUGCACAUGCGGAUGGAGAAACGUGCACAUGUCAGAAAAUACAGACACUGAAACAUGCACACGUGCCACUCACUUACACACACGACAUGCUUUACAUGAUUUUCACAAUGUCAGGAUUUUAUUUCCUCUUUUCCUAUAGACAGAAAUAAACUUUAAAUCAUCAGUGCAUGAUUGAAUGACUAUCAUAAAAUAAUACCUGGUACCAGUUCUGAAAAAAAUCACAGAAACACACAGUACAUGCCUACAAGAACAAGAGGGGACAACACUGCAACAUUUUUAAAACAAAUGUUAAAGCUAAAGGUCCAGUGUGGAGGAAUUAAGGGGAUAUACUGGCAGAGAUGGAAUACAAUGUAAUAUAAUAAGUAUGUUUUCUUAAGCAAAUAAUCACCUAAAAAUAAGAAACUGUAUGUGUUUUCGUUACCUUAGGAUGAGCCAUUAAAUGCAGCCCACACAGGGAGCCUACAUAGGGAGUGAUAGAGAGUCAUAUUGCACCACCAUGUUUCUACAGUAGCUCAGACUGGACAAAGCAAACACUGGGUCUUUGCAUUUUUGUGUUUAUGCAUCAGCCACUGUGCUACAGUAAGUGUCAGAAAAAGGCAGAUGUUUUUACGUGACACUGCUUUAUUCAGUGUUUUGAUCAGUUUUUAAUCACCUGCUCUGUUUGUUUUGGAGAGGAAGAGACCUCUGCGGAUAAUUGGUCCGUUAAUAAAAACAUCUGGGUCUCAAGUUAUCAGAGGAAAAAAAGCUGAGCACACAUUGGCAGGUGCUUGGCCAGUGGUCCAUGUCCAGCAUGCCAAACAGCAGUAGGAGAAACACUGAUUUGUAUUGUGAGGCUGCUUUAUUCAGUGUUUUUACCGGUUUAAAUUGAUGGGUCCAUUUGUUUUGGAGGGAUGCAGAUAAAUCAGCUCACGGUAAAAAGCCUCCUGAACAUCUGGAUCAGAAAUAAGGUGAGCACACAUUAGGUUGUCAAAGAAAAUAAGUUAGCAGGAGCUGGGCCAGCAGCCCGUCUGCAGACCCAAUCAGUGGGUCUGUUUGUUUUAAAGAGGAAGAGACCUCUGCAGAUAACUCGGAUCCUGGUAAAAACCUCCUUAACAAUGAAAACUGAGGAUAUUCUAACCAGGAGACGUUUCAGCUGGUUGCAAUCUGCAAUCCUCACAGCUAGAUGCCACUAAAUCCCCCUAAAUCUUACACACUGUUCCUUUAAGUUUGCCUGAUGUUACAUUAAGACAAAGGAUUCUUUUGAGCUGCAAAAUGUACGACAUUCAAGACACUUCAGGGCAACAGCGAAUGUAUAGAAACAAUGGGAAAAAAAGAAACAGAGGUAAACCACAACUGCACACACUUGCUAGUGUCUCAUACAGUAACCUGUAUCCUGGCAACAACUGAUUUUUCCUCAGAGAAGAUUCAGGCCUUUACACUCAUUUUGUAUCAUUUCCUUUUUCUGUUUUUUUAAUCUACUUAUUGUAGUGGUUUUAAUUGAAGUUAAAGGAUCCCUACACUGGUUGCCAAUUAUCUCUUGAGAUGACAGCUCUGGCUUCUGGUUGUCAUUAACAAAGCAGCUGAAAAAAAAAUAGACACCUAAACCUAUCAUCAUCAAUUAUAUGAAAUGCCAAAACGUAUUCAUUAAUAAUCCACUUGUGUGGAUUUGCAUACGAUUAUGCAGAGUUUCCAAUUAAGCAGAGAUUGUAACAUGUUAAAUCCAUGUGGUGUCUAAAUAUAAGCUGAUGUGUGUUUGCUUCCUCAUGGCAUCCAUCAUCCACAAGGAUGUUCUCAUUAAAGGUGUCUCUUAAUAACACAGGCACCUUUUAAAAGGAAAAACCUGCAGACGGUGCCAAAAGCUUAUAGUAGUCCUGAAAGCUGUACACCUCCUCUGGCUGUUUAGUGGAUGGGCUAUUUGAUUUUGAUUCUCACAAAAAAAAUAUGUACAAUUAAUGUAAAUUGCCCCUGUGUUCUUAAUCAGUCUUGAAAAACUGAUUUUUGGGUUCUUUAAUUCUGUGUUAUAAUUUUUUUAAAAGAUAUUCUGGUUUGGAGGGAAGCUUUUCAUUUGUUGUAAUUAUGUGUAUUUCUUCUGAGCACUUUGAUUUGUGAACAGACCAGCAUGGUAGAGCUCAGUUCGACAAUACUGAUAGAGUAAAAAUAUGCAUGAUUAAAACUUUGCAUCAUACACAUAGUUUUUUUUAUAGAGUAAAAAUAUGCAAUGCAAUAAAAAAUGCAAUACAGACUCUGGUAGACCCCCUAGGUUGGGAUCAGUUGCUUCAACAAAAAAAAAAAAAAAUAUUCUGGAGCUGCAAAAGCUUUCAUGAACUUGGAAACAACAACUCUAUCGCCAGACAAGAGGAUCAAUAUUGGACUAUUCUGCAACAGUGCCAAGGAUUUUAAAUUGUUGCUUUUUGUAAUAUUAGCGUACAGCAACUAUGACAUGGUUAGAGUUAGGCUACUAAAACUUACAAGAGGAUGCCAACUCUGGCAUAAAAACCUGAUGUGAUAGAUUUGGACUCGUGUACUUUACAUCUUUGGUUAGUUGACAUUGAAAUGACUGGUGUCAGUUAUGGUGUGCAGAGGAUUUGUUCAUUUUAAGGCCUGUUGUUGCAUGUUUUUUUCUUUCACAUGUGCACCAAAGGACUAAAGGAACAGUGGUGUCAGCCUGUAUGAACUGUCUUUGUACCCUCCCUCUUUCUCUACUUCAUCCAUCUCCCUCCUCUACUCUGUCUACGAGGCAGAGGCUGAUGAGACAGGGCAUUUCAGCCCUUCUUGCCCUGCGUGUCAGGCUCCAUUGUGGGAAAAACCUGACUGCCAGUGAACUCGGACUGCCACAGAACUGCUGGCUCAACCCCAAUGGAGCCUCGGAACACCAACGACCUCCCACCUCCAGCGGUGACUGAGCGUGUUUCGGCAGGAUAAAACUUCAGUGGAAUAGUCAGAGUGAGAGGGUGUGCAUGGAUGUGUGUGUGUGUGUGUGUGUGUGUGUGUGUGUGUGUGUGUGUGUGUGUGUGUGUGCUUUUUUUUUUUUAAUAUGAUUGAGCUCAUUUGCUUUUAUCAGUGACCCGAUUGAUCUGCCCUCUGACCCCAGCCUAGCUGCUCAGCUCCAUCGCACCACAGAGAGAACUGCACUUGCAUGACCUCCGACCCUUUAUGUGCUUGUUAGGGUUGUUGAAUGUAGAAGGUUGUGAACUCCAUAGAAUAUAGAAUUCUAUUGCUAUGGUGACUGCAGCCAUAAACUGCCCUUUAGUCAUUUUGUUUCCAUCCACAGGCAUGGGCUUUAUUGAUUCUUUCAUUUAGCCAGCGUUAAUCUCUUUCUCUCUCUCUUUCUUUUCUUUUCUCAUUUCUACAGUCAUUUGCCUAGAAAUUGUGGACACAAUUUAGAAGACAUUGAAUGCUCUACAUUGUUAUUUUAUGUGUAUAUUUUGUGAAUAUGAUUCAGUAUUUCUGUAGGUUGCUAUUUGUAUUCUGACCCUGCUUGAUGAUCAGCUGCACUGCAUUAACCAUUUGUACUGGUUUGAGCGACAGACCACCGACUUUUGUAUUUCUAGCGGUUUAGUUCAUCCACGUUUGCUCCUUGUACACAUUGCUCUCCACUCGUUUUUAUUAUUGUCAUCAGGAAGGCCUGUUUGUAUUGCAACAGAAAACAAUAUUUGCCUAUUCAGGUCUCUUGUCCCCUGUUAAUAAAUGAACCCUUACUCUCUUUUCCCACAGGAUUGUAUAUUACUAUGUUCAAUAAAGCCAGAUUAUGUAUAUAAAUAUAUAAAUAUAU